UGGCCGCAUUUGAAAAGUCACCAUAUCUUUGCAACUAUUCAACAUGAGCGCAACAUCGAGUAUUGGGAUGUGAUUUUUACAAAUUGAAACGUAUACAACCUUUUAAUGCAACUUUUAGAAUAAAAUUGUUAGUUAGUUAUUCACAAAGCUAAAUUCUUAACCUGUUAGCACAUUACAAACAUUCUGAAAGUUGUGAUUUAUAUUAUUUGACAUUUUAUGACGAGUUGUAUUAUUAGUUGUCAAAGUUGUUAUCGGCGGAGUGUUGGAUGAGGUGUUUACUAAGUGCAAAUGUUUCAAUUUAUAGUACUAUUGAGAAAAUUGUAGAAGUAAAGUAUAAUUUACUCAGGUGGGAAGCUACAGGUGAUGAUGACUUCAUAUAUGAAACUGUUCGAGGACUUUUUGCAGCGCAAGGAAUGUGAUGGAACUCACACAUCUGCUGCGUCUGAAGAUGAAGAUAUAGAGAUAUUGUGGAAAAUAUUGGUGAAAUUCUAAACAAUCUAUUACAUACAAGAAUUAGUGAGAAUGAAAAACAAUGGUGCCACACAUUACAAAUUAUAGUUUAUGUUGACAAGUACAAAAUGAUUGUGUCUAUGAUAAAUAUUUAAUAUUUUUGUUCUAUCACCAUUGAAAUUAAUAUAAACCGAAAUUCAAUUUGAACUGCAUCCAAUAAAAGUAAUAAAUAUAAACAUUUUAAAAUAUGUUGUUAGUUUUUAAUAACUGUUUGUAGUCUGCAGCACUAUUUGAUUAAGUGUAAAAAAUUUUAAAAUUUAAUAUAUGGUAACUCCAUGAAACGACGCCAUAUUGCGAAAAAGCCAAGUAGUGAUAUAAAGCAAAUUGUCCAAUAAUAGUGUUGUGGUGAAAAUUAAGCUUUGUUAAAUAAAAGUAACUUUAUAAUAUAUUAGUGGAAAUUGAAAAUGUGUUUACAGCAUAUAGCUCUACACCGAAUGAAAUCUCUAAAUGCAUUCAGUAUAUAUUUUUAAACGUUGGAUCAUUAACAUAUCUAUUCAUUAGCAUCCAAAUUCGUCUUUUGAGUCUGUGUGUGGCACUCUUAAUUCUAUUAGUGAGGGUGGUGGUAGUAAUAAAAUGGAACACAGUUAUACGAGAGAUAACUCCCGGCCAAUAGGGAGUGUUACCACUGGUUUGUUACCAGCUCGUACAAUACUAGUUCGACGUACGCCACAGUGCCCUUCUUGUCACACCCAUCCCGAAGAGCAUGAUUUUGAAGAUUUUAAUCAGGCCAAUGUGCCUUCAUACAAUGAAAUAGCGGCAAAAGAAGCAAUGAAUGAGUGUUCUCGAAUCGCUAAAUACGUUAAAAACAAUAAUCCAGACGACGAUGACUGGGAAGCACGUAUUAACCAAAUGGGUUGGAGCAACAUGCAAAAGACACUUUUCAAUAAAGUAGCAAACAUUUUGGAUAAUGAUCAGUUAGGACGACUAGCCAAUGUUAAUCGUCAAAACGAAUCCAUGCAGCGUCGUGUUGCUGUCGAUAAGUCUGCAAGUCGAAUGCGAAGAGCGUUAGCUGCUGUCGCCUGGGACUCACGACUCACACAAUGGUUGCAUUGUCUGUUAAUGGACUCACUUCCAUCAACAUAUAUGGCAUCUUAUUUAGAUAUUUUGCAAACAUUAAAAUCUAAAUUGCCAACACUCAUGGAUAAAAUGUUAUUUGGGCGACCGUUAAAUGUUAGCCAAGAACUUCUGGCGCCGGUAUUGAAAAACAAAUGGGAGCCAAUUGUUAAUACGAAAGCCCGAAAACUAACACAGAAUGCCGUAAUAGUUGCACUGCCUUCUGUACCUACCAGUGGCCCAGUACCUAAUCGCCUUCAAAAAUGGUAUCAUCAAUUGGCUAGCAUAACACAAAUUGUACAAGUAACUCUACCAUCGAAUGUUAGUCAUAUAGUCCGGCAACCAUUGGAGCAAGUAGCUGAACAAAUAGUGUCACUUACUCGAGUUAAAAUACAAGAGUUGCGAAACGAAAAUGCUCAGCGAAGCAUCAUAUUGAUUGGUUUCAACGCUGGCGCUGCCCUUGCUUUGCAAGUGGCGAUGUCGGAGAAUGUAGCAUGCGUAGUGUGUAUGGGCUUUGCUUAUAACACAUUCAACGGAAUACGUGGCACUCCUGACGACCGCAUAUUAGACAUAAAGAUACCAAUACUAUUUGUGGUUGGUCAAAAUUCAUCAAAAACAAGUUCCGAAGAAAUGGAAUCGUUGCGUGAAAAAAUGCAAUCGGAAAGUUCUUUGGUGGUGGUGGGCAGUGCAGAUGAUGUUCUGCGCGUUCCUAAAAGCCGUAGGAAGUUAGAUAAUGUCACACAAUCGAUGGUAGAUGCUAUGGUUGUGGACGAAAUAUAUGAGUUUAUAAAAAGAAUCCUCAUUAAUCCACCUGGACCACGGGUUCCUACAACAAUAACUAGUUUUGUGCACACUAAACAAGGACGAAACUCAAUUAAUAACAACGUUGGUGGUAGUUGUGCUGAAGGCAAUGCUAAAAAUGGGUCUGCACAAAGGAAGCGUAAAAACGAUGGUUUGAAUUCAGAUCAAGAGACGCCAGCGAAGACUAAAUAUGUUAAUUCAAUCGGCCGACCAAGAACGCGCCCCUUGAUAGCAUCCACAUCUACUCCAGCUAAAACAACAGUGAGUGCACUAGCAGGUGGUACUUCUAAAACAACUCAGAUACAAAAACAAAAGACACAGUUAUCUACAAAUUCUUCUAUUACGAACGAGGAUCUGAACAUGGCCAUACAGUCAAUAUUGGGUGAUGCCAAUGAACAUGAUGGUUCGAUGCAGAAUUCCGGUAUCGACACUGCUCAAAGUGCCCAGAAAAUUGUGACGAAUUAUGAAAUUGUUGCACCAUCAAAGUCGACUCCAAUAAAAACCGCGUUAAUGAAUCCGCUGCAAAAGCAAACUCUUCCGGCUGGUGCAAAAAUAAAGAUGAUACCUUCUAAUCAAUUCGUGCAACUCAAGCCGCCACUGCAAUCACAAUCGAAAAUUUAUACAAUAAAAACGGCGUCGAUGCAACAGAGUAGCACAUCUGGAAAUACAAACAUUGGCAGUAUUGUAUCAACAUCACCAACCGGCAGCACCGUUGCAAAUCAUCAGCAACAGAUAUUCACUUUGAAAUCUCCCAAUGGCCAGACGACGCAAUUCGUUACAGCUGCACCACCUGGUACGGCUCAGCAAAAGUAUACUGUCAUGAAAAAUGUAAGUGGUGGAACUACACUGCAAAUAGCAAAUGCAGCUUUUAGUGGCAUAAAAGGGAGUACGUCAAACGCUGCAUCCGCCUCCAAUAUGGACCUGUCAAACAUAAUCGAUAUGCCAAUUGUGUUUGCCGAUAAUGAAGGUAAUCUGUCUGAUUCGGUGGCUUCCUCUACCGCAACUGUCAAGUCAGCCAAUACUUCCGGUGUCGGGCAACUAAUUAUAAGUCAGAAAAUCAUUAAAGAAGCUACCUCCACUGGGUCUGGCACGACUGGUAUUGUGAGCACUUCGCCUAAGACUGGUGGUGGCACAUAUAUAAUUAAUAAAACUAUUGGCAGCCCACUCAUACAACAAACUACUCAAACAUCAGUCAAUAAACAAAAUAAGGUAGUCUUUAUCAAUCGUAACACCAUGAAACCUUGCCCGAAUAUUAUUUCCCGAUCGAAUGUCACACAACAAUUGCCGAAAUACACUAAGGUUGUUGUUACGAAUCCAAAGACAUCUGCAACAACACUUGUACCCCGUCCAGCAAUGCAACUAUCGACGACGCAGCUGCCAGUGGGUACAGCUAGUAGCAGCACUCCACUUGUGUCGUCUGUAAAGCAGGUGAAUUUACAGACACUAAAGUCUCCAGUCAGUAUUGGUGCACGUCAGACAUCAGGUAUACUGAAUGUUUCCACAAAGUCGCUGCCACAAGUGCAAAUUAUUAGUACAACCGCUGGUGGAGCAGGUAUUCCUUCGACUGUGGGCAGUAUCACUAACACAGGCAAUCCGACAGCUACAACUAGUGGUAGCAGUGUGUUGAACGACCGCACGCAAAUCCGAAAUAUUGUUGUAAAACCCGGAGGAUUAAAACAAAUACCUGCUUUGACUUCGCACGUAUUUAAUCGAAAUUUAACCGUACGUAAAAUGGUAAAUAUCAUAUCCGGCACAAAUCCAGCUAGUUCAUCCUCAACCUCACCUGGCGUAUCUAUAGUAGCUCAGGCGACUACAGCACAGGAUAGUGGUCAAAAUAAUGCCGCUGGCACAACAUCAUCUAUACAAACCUCACCAAAAGUUAUAACUUUAAAUCCGAUUAAUCCGUCGGUUUCGAUCAGUAGCUCUGCAUCCGGCAAUGGUAAUAGCACGGCCAAUAGCACUCAACCAAAGAAGGAUUGAAUUUAUCCUCUUUGAAAGUAAACUCUGCUGUUAAUCUUAUCCUUAUUUAGCAUUAGAAAUAGAUACAUCUUAAUAUUUCAUCUCAUUCGCGUUCAAUUCGUAGUUUAACUACUUUCGCAUUAAUUUACUUAACAAUUAAACAUUUAAAAAUAAAUAUAAUAUAUGUCUUAUAA